CUGAAACUUUGUAAGCAGAUAAUGCGAUCUGUAUAAACGAGUUACUAGAAUUCCUACAUAUUUUUAAGCAAGCUCCAAUUAAACGCAUUCGCACGUACAUUUUAAGCAAUAUGAGGGCAAAGUAAUUAGCAGGUUUAAAAUGCCGUGCAAAGUCUCAUGCGAUUUAAGAUAGCAGCAACACCGCAUCGCAUGUGAGAUAUUAAAAGAUAUUAGUGCUGCUAAAAAGAAUAGGCUCCCUGUGUUGAACGGAGAUGCAGUUUGGACUAAUGCAGGAAUGGGAUUAAGGAGUUAAAAAGUACCCUUACAGAGACAUGUGACAAAGCUGAAAGGCGCGACGCUGUUUGCAAGCAGGGCGCGACAUCCAGCUCCGGACACACUAGGGCAAUAAGAGAUCGGGACCGUCGUUCAGCGUCGCCAGGUGUAAAGAGUGCAAAGGGGCCAGGGCUUCGUCGGUGUUUCCGAUAUUGGCUUAAAUCUGCCUUUGUCUCGCCGUCUUUCCUGCCGGAGGCUUCAGUCUCACGAUAACGCCAGAAGAGAGACGGCUUCAGUUUCAUUUCGAAAGUAUGGCGGAUUAUCUGAUCACCGGAGGCACCGGCUACGUCCCGGACGACGGGCUCUCAGCCCAGCAGCUUUUCUCCAUCGGAGACGGCCUCACCUACAAAUCAGCUCAGCAGUCCGAUGCUGAUGGACUCACAGCCGAGCAGCUGGUCGCUAAAGUGGACGGACUGACUUACAAUGAUUUCCUGAUCCUGCCCGGCUUUAUCGACUUCACCUCCGACGAAGUGGACCUCACCUCUGCUCUGACUAGAAAGAUCACUUUAAAGACCCCCCUGAUCUCAUCUCCGAUGGACACGGUUACGGAGUCCUCGAUGGCCAUCGCCAUGGCGCUCAUGGGUGGCAUCGGAAUCAUUCACCACAACUGUACUCCGGAGUUCCAGGCCAAUGAAGUGAGGAAGGUUAAGAAAUUCGAGCAGGGCUUCAUCACGGACCCCGUGGUGAUGAGCCCGCGUCACACGGUCGGGGACGUGUUCGAGGCCAAGGCCCGGCACGGCUUCUCGGGAAUCCCCGUCACCGAGACCGGCAAGAUGGGCAGCAAGUUGGUGGGCAUCGUCACCUCCCGUGACAUCGACUUCUUCACGGAGAAGGACUACAGCCGGCCCCUGGAGGAGGCGAUGACCAAGCGUGAGGACCUGGUCGUGGCCCCAGCUGGGGUCACCCUGAAGGAGGCCAACGACAUCCUCCAGAGGAGUAAGAAGGGUAAGCUGCCCAUCGUGAACGACAGCGAUCAGCUGGUGGCCAUCAUCGCCCGCACGGACCUGAAGAAAAACCGCGACUACCCGCUGGCCUCCAAGGACUCGCGCAAGCAGCUGCUGUGUGGCGCCGCCAUCGGCACCCGCGAGGAUGACAAGUACCGACUGGACAUGCUGGUGCAGGGCGGGGUGGACGUGGUGGUGCUGGACUCGUCACAGGGGAAUUCUGUCUACCAGAUUAAUAUGAUCAGCUACAUUAAGCAGAAGUACCCGGAGCUGCAAGUGGUGGGGGGGAACGUGGUGACGGCGGCCCAGGCCAAGAACCUGAUUGAUGCCGGCGUGGACGCCCUGCGCGUGGGCAUGGGCUGCGGAUCCAUCUGCAUCACGCAGGAAGUCAUGGCUUGCGGCCGACCCCAAGGCACGUCGGUGUACAAGGUGGCUGAGUACGCUCGCCGUUUUGGCGUCCCGGUCAUCGCCGACGGGGGCAUCCAGACGGUGGGACAUGUGGUCAAGGCCCUCUCCCUGGGCGCGUCCACAGUGAUGAUGGGGUCGCUGCUUGCCGCCACCACGGAAGCACCAGGCGAGUACUUCUUCUCCGACGGCGUGCGACUGAAGAAGUACCGUGGGAUGGGCUCCCUGGACGCCAUGGAGGCGAACAGCAGUAGCCAGAAGCGUUACUUCAGGUAAGGCAGCCCCUAGUCGGAGAGCGACAAGGUCAAGGUGGCCCAGGGGGUAUCGGGCUCCGUGCAGGACAAGGGCUCCAUCCACAAGUUCGUGCCCUACCUGAUCGCCGGCAUCCAGCACGGAUGCCAGGACAUUGGCGCCAAGAGCCUGUCCAUCCUCCGCUCCAUGAUGUACUCCGGGGAGCUGAAGUUUGAGAAGAGGACCAUGUCAGCGCAGAUGGAGGGAGGCGUCCACGGCUUGCACUCUUAUGAGAAACGGCUUUAUUGAACCCGGAGGCAGGCCAACAACCCGCCUGGCUCCCCACAUCCCAUCUCCAGCGGCAACCAGACACAACGGGCACGUCUGAUACUGUCCCAACGAACCCAACCCCGCACCCCACACACACACUACCCCCUGCCCCCACCUGCAGAUUUGCACUAUCAAUUUGCCAGUGGAGCCUGGGCUUUGAAGCACCCCCCCCGGUCAUGUGCGCCCUGAGCCAGCGUACCCCAACCUAAAGUAACACUGCGAUUAUGAAGGUGAUGGGUAGAGGAGGGGGGAGGGGGGCAUUUUGGAUGCAUGUUAUCCUUUUUCAAAUACCAUGGGUCCCUCAGUCCUUUCCGAAAGCGUUUACAGCCGGACGGAGCACCCAGAAUCUACCGGUGACCAGGUUUACCCUGAUACAUGGCGCGACCCCCAAAAAUCUAGCCUCGUUUGCUUUAAAAUUAUCACGUGAACCGCAGGACAGGGUCCGUCUCAGCGCAUUUCCGGAUUUUAAACAGUAAUGCGUUUUUCUGUGGCUGCCAUGGCACCCGGGGACCUUGGAAAGCGUGACUUUGAGGCCAGGACAGCGGGCUGUCCAUUUCUGUCUGCGCAGGGUGUCGCGUGGACCAAACGCCGAAUGGUAGCCUUAAUGCAGGGAGAUGCUCCACCUGAGAGCCUUACCUUUCCAGUGUGAUCGUCGUGUGUGGUGUUGAACGAAGACAACAAAAAAAAAAAACUGGAAUUUGACCAAUAAUAAUUUUUAAAAAGUACAGAUAAAUCAUGAAAAAUCAAAGUAAAUAGGUGCUAUUUUCACCAUCUUGUCAUUUAUUUGUACAGCCAGUUUUCAUUUCUGCCCAAUUAGUAUGUUACACCACCCUGCUUUUGUAUAGAUAGGCCUGGGUUCGUCAACUGUAAUAAUGCAACCAAAAUAAACGUGGUUUUUUAGCUAGCAAUAUACCAGUCUGCUUCUCUGUCAAAAGUUUGCGGUCAGUUGCGUUGCAGCUUAACCGUUACAUGUAGUGAUGAUCAGGUGUGACAGAAAUCUGGACGAAGAGCAAAGCAAACCGUAAUGAUCUCCGACUGUGUUUCUACUUCAGCUUUUCCCCAGUUGACCGGCCGCAAAACUUCCACGUCCCUAAAACAUCGGUUUUGUCCAUGUAAUGGAAUUGUUGCGUAGUUUUUUUUUUUUUUUUUUUUUUAAGUUUAGUUUUCAGUCAGUUUCUCUUGUCGAAGGUUGACUUUCCUCCCUCUGGAGUUACUGGGUCCUGUCUGAGAAGGUAUGUCAGAGGUCAGAGAAAAUGCAGUGUUGGGGGAACCAAUAUGUUAUUUCCAUCGAAUAAAUUUACAACACAAGUUUUCAUUUUCGGUUUCCUGCCAUUUGGAUAUAGUUGCAUCUCAGGUUUUCAUUGGUUUGACCUUGAGUAAUUUGUAUCAGCAGAAGCGUUUACAAUGUACAAAAGGUUAUUUAUGCAUAAAUAAAAGUAUGUAUUGAGUGUUCCGGUACAUAUGCUGUGGAUAUAAAUGUAAUAGAUGCUGUAUGAAAUUCGUUUUCUAGCCACACUCGGAGUAUAAGUUUUUGUAGACUGAUUAGAAUAUAAAAUUUUUAAGUAUAUUUUCAGUUUUUCACGCUGUGUAAAGUAGUUAAUUAUCAGAGGUGAAAUGACAAUGUUAGCUGGACAAAUCUCCAGUUUUAUUGUGGCUUUACUAACUUGCGGUUUUUUGAAAUUGAGAUUUCAUGUAACAAGUCAGAUUGCCACCUGUUUUUUUUUUUUUUUUUUGGUCGUACAUAUGCAACGCUGAACUGCCUGACGUCUGCUUUUCACUGCCCCUUCUAAUGUAAUAACAAAAGACUAACAAACUGAGCAAAAACCGAAUUACUACAACCUUAAGUUCUGAGUUCGUGCGGAACAAUCAUGGUGAGCAAAGGCGCUUUUCAUUUUCGCUGUUGGGAAGAGACUUCAUUUGGUGUAGGUCAGUAUCAUUUUCUUUGUAUUGUUUUUGUGGAUAACGGUUCCUUAUUUUUAUACCCCUCUGCAAUCAAGACCACCGACUACAUCGUCAUGUUACGCCGGCUUUCUCUGCUCCUAGCGCGCAUCGGUGAAGCGCGUUGAAUCUUCCGUCUUGGUUUUUCAUUGUGCAACGGGAUAUUCGAAGCUUUAAGAAACGUUCACAAUGUUACUGCUAAUAAAAAUUAAAAUGCAUUUUAAAUAAAA